AUGUCUAUUAAUGAUGAACAACGAUUGUUCCAAUCUUUAAACGAAUUCCUGGCUGUUCUCGAUAGGAAACCAAGUAAUACCAAACAAUGUGCCAAAUGUCUGAAAGAAACUAUUAGAAUAUUGAAAAUGGAUCUAUUAUCCUUACUCAGGCAUCAAUUACAUCAACACGUAUUACCUUCUAAUUCUAUAUAUAACAAAACGCAAGGAAGAGACAUUCUAAUUCAAUGGUGGGUAUCCUUACUAAACUAUCUAAAUUAUAAUAAUAACGAUAAUGGUAACAUCUUCCAAUUCAUCGAACAGCAGGAACAGGAACAACAGCGCGAUAUAACAGUAGAUGAUCAAGGGAAUAAAACAUUAGAAAAUCUAUGUCUAAGUUUAUUAUCUAUCAUUUUUGAAUGCAUUAGUAAAAUAAUCACUCUAUUGAUGAUUCUACCAUCGCAUUCUCAAAGAGAAUAUGACGUUUAUUGUCAUCAUAUCUUAUUGACAAUCGAAAAUAUUUCAAACAUAUUAAUAUCAAACUCAAGACAUCGCUCGUUACAAUUUUAUCAAAAAUAUAAUUCAUUGUUAGCUCCCUUCUUGGGUAAAUUGAAUGCAUUCGGAUUAAUUUAUCUUCCAGACGAUCAAUAUUUUGAUGUCCAUUUAUUAUUAACAUUUUAUCCAAUUGAACAUUUAACGAUAAAACAAUUAAAUAAAACAACUAGUUCGAAGACAUCAAUUUUUGCAUGGAAAGAAAGGAAUUUCAAAUUACAAAACAGUGAAAAUUCCAAUGAUCUCAAAUCUAAGAAAACACUGAUCGAUAGACAAAAAAUUAAUCACUGUCUAUUGGUUAAAAAUUUCAAAAUAAUCCAAUCUUAUUUGAAAAAUGAUCAAAUUUUUAUGUCCUUUUAUUGGCAUUAUUGGUAUAUCAUCAUUUGUACUUUAUCUUCAUCACAAUUUAAAGUAAUGGAUUUGAAUCAAAUUCCUACUUCUAAGAUCAUAUUGAAAUAUGCCACUUCUGGUUUAUUAAAGGCUGAUAUAACAAACUUAAACUCAUUCAUUACGAAAAAUACUUUGAUUCCAAAGUUCAACAAAAAUUCAUUAAACAAUAACGAAUUAAUUAACGAUACAAUGCCGGAUGUUAAUAUUAAUGACAUUAACGGAACGAAAAAAGUAAAUAAAAAUAUACUAUCUCCGUCACAAAUAAACGAUCAUAUUUUCAAAUAUUUUAAAUCAAUAAAACUAUGGGAAUGUCUUGAAUCAUUAGUCGUUUUAUUUUCAAAACGCACUCAUGGAGAUAGCGAUAAUAACAAUGAUGAUGAAACUUUACAAUAUUGUAAGAAAUUAAUAAAGACACAUGAUUCAUUUACAUUGAAAUUUAUGUCUAGAAUAUCAGCUUAUGAUUAUAACACGGGUAAUAUCAUCUUCAAUAAAUUAUUCCAAUUCAUUAUUUAUAAAUUCCACAAAUAUGAUCACAACUUGACUUUUGUUAGUUCAUUUAAUUGGUCCAAAUGGUUGGAUGGCAUGAUAGCAAUGUUGAAGACAAAUAAUUUGAAUUCUCAAAUAGUCACUAUCAUUUGUUUAUUCAACAUUUGGUCAUUAUUACCUAGCAGAAUCCAAAUGCAUUUCGCUACUGAGCUAAUUGAAUUAAACCAAUCUUUAAUAUUUGAUACCUUGUUAAUCGAAUCAUUCUCAAACGUUAUCCCCAUCUUAUUAUGGAAAUUCAUAAUUUUCAAAAUGAUACCUUCCAUUACAAAAGAAGAAGAUUUUACUGACACUAUAAGGAAAUCAAUUUUCUUGAAAAUUAAUGAAAUCUAUAACGAAUUGGUAUCUAUUCAAAAUUAUUUGAAUAAUCUUCAAAAUGAAAAAUCCAAGGUUAAAUAUUUCAAUCGAGUCAACUUAUCAAUAGAAGACAAUUUGUUAUUUUAUGAUAAUAAGAAAUUGAUUAUUAAACGCGAAUGGCCCUUCCUAUCAUCAAUAGUAUCAUCAAAUAACACAAUUAGUAACAACAAUGCAAAGAAAAAUGAAAACAAGAAACAAAAACAGAAGAAGAAUGAUAAGGAUUUAUCCUUCCCUACAUUGACUUCAAUAUUUACUAAAUCUCCUACAUUAAUUCAAACUGGUGGUUCAUAUCCAUAUGAUGUAAUUGAACAACGAACGGAUGGUUUUCAACAUUCAUCGGAUGAUGAUUCUAGUGACAAUGAUGGUGAUGAUCAUGUUGAUACGACUUAUGAUGUUGAAUUUGAUUUAAAAUCGACUUUCAAUUCAUGGUUUUCGAAAUUAGUUACCACUACUACUCCCGAAGAAGAGGAUGAUGAGAAUGAUGAUGAAGUUAGGAACGAAUACGGUGAUGAGAACGCUUACAAUGCAAACAUAAUAGAUGCUCCAGAAUUAACAUACAUGGAUUCACUAAUGGAAAAGAUAAAAUAUGACCCAACGAAAGUUUUAAGUUCGACAAAUGGAAAUAAUAAAGUUUUCAAUGUUUUCCAUAUGGUUAAUUUUGCCAAUGAAAGUUUUAAAUAUCAUAAACGAUUAAAUCAAUAUAAUCGGAUUUGGAGGUCUAAAGCGAGAGAGGAGAAACAGUUACCUAAAUUACCAAACUCUGUUGAUGGCAUGGAUAAAGACAUUCCCGUUGCUAUAAAGGAUAGUAUAAGUACAGAAAUAAAAGGAAAUACUGUUAAUGAGUACAACGAUAAAGAUUCGUUCGAUAUAAAAUUACCAUAUCCGGAUUUGUCACUAUUAGGAAUAGAUUCAAUCAUCCCCGUAGAAACGAAUGACAUGGUCAUUGAUGAAAAAAGCAAUACUAGUAAGAAUAUGGAUACUCGAAUAAUGAAAUUAAUAACGAGACAAAACAAAUUAGUAAAAUUUAUCAACAUUUUCAAUUUGACUAUGGAGGAAUAUUAUGAUUUUUUAAAUUUGGUGAAUUCUGAUCAUACUAAUGUGUUUUUAGAAUUUGAAAUCAUUAAACCAUCAGGAAUUUAA